AUGGCGAAUAAGGAGAAGCUUCCAUGGGUUUUAGUAGAAGAGAUCCUAACUCGUGUUCCUCCUACUUCUCUUGUCCGACUCAAAGCAGUUUGCAAACGAUGGAACACUCUCUUCAACGACAAGACGUUCAUCAAAAACCACAAGAAGACGUUUCAGUUCGUUUUAACUACUAGAUCCAAGAUUUAUUCGGUUAGCGUUAGUCCCAAGUUAGAGGUGAGUGUGUUAACCAUAGAUACUCCUGGUCGUUUAAAAUCUCAGAUACUUGUAAGGUUGGUUGAUUCCAGUGGGUUCUUGCUUUGUGGCAUGGAUAAAGGAGCCGUGGUUUGGAACCCUUGGUUAAGUCAGACUAGAUGCAUCGAGCCCGAGGUUAACACACCUCUUCAUUUAAAUUUUCUUGGCAUAGGUUAUGAUAAUAACAGGAGAGUUGAUGAAAUUGUUUACAAGACCCUUUUAGUUUACAACAUGGACUCUGACUCUACGUGGAAAAUCCAUGAGUUUGCCUCUGAUGCGUGGAAAGACGAAGAGCAGGAAAAAGCAAAAUACACAACUAGUACUACUAGUAGUAGUACCACACGGGGAUUUAUUAGGGUUAUGUAUCACUUUUCUGGAGUUGUAUCGUUGAAUGGAACUUUCGAAGAAUUCUCGCCAUUUUGUGAUCUACCAUGUGGAAAGAACCAUCUUCGCGAUGCUCUUGUCCUUAGGGUUUUUAGGGAAGAUCAGUUUUCGUUGUUGAAGCAGUGCUAUGUAACAAAGAAGGUUGAGGUUUGGGUGACAACGAACAAGAUUGAUGAUCAGUAUGGUAGGGAUGUGAAAUGGACUAGUUUCAUGGAGGUGUCAAUCCCAAACAUGCCGGAUUUAGUAGAGAUCAAGUCCUACGCUCAGCCAAGUUACUUCCUCGACGACGACAAAAGGCUUGUCAUUUGUUCUUGUGAUGAAACUGGUCGGGCUUGGAUUUAUGUUGUCGGGGAAAACAAGUUGAUUAGUAAAGUACAAUUGGAUUCUGUGGUUGAUCCUUGGCCAUUUCAUUGCACUUAUUUUCCCAGUUUGGUCCAGAUUCCUGGAGGUAAAAGAGAAGCAGCAGAAUCACGAAUUAAACUUCCUUACAUGGAUGAGGAAGUGAUCCUAAGCCUUUAG